CAAAGAACAAAUUGAAAUUGAUCUAAAUGAGAUAGUAGAAGUUGAAUCUGAUGGAACAAAUGAUUCCCCUGUUGCUUGUCCUAAGAAGCCUAACACCACUAAGGUCGAGAAAAAGAAGAAGGGCAAUGCAAGUGGGUCGCAAAACACUUCAAAAGGGCAAAAGCGAACAGCUGAUGAUGCUAUUAAUGCAAUUGAUCGCCUGGCAGAUGCAUCACUGAUCAUUGCUGAAUCAAAGAAAAAUGCAGCACAGCAAACAGAAGCUUACUCUGUGAAAGCAUGUAUGCAGAUAUUAAAUAGCAUGCCUGAUGUUGAACCAAACAAAAAAUUGAAAGCUGCACAAGCAUUUGAACAUGUUGAUAAAAGGGCUAUUUUCAUUGAGAUGGAUGAAGAGACUCGGUCUCUCUGGGUUGAAAAUGCGUAGUUUUUUACCUGUUGUAGCGUACUGUUUAGUUUUCUGAUUAGGUUGUAUUUGCAAUUUCCAUAAAUUCCUUCUGUAAUUUUGUGUUCAAACAAUCAAUAUGCAAAUUUAUAUAUUUAUUUGGUUCGUGCUACUAGUUAUAUAUGGUCUCAUAUAUAAAUCCCUCUUCAGAACUUGGAUUUAUAUUUGUGUGUGUGUGUGUUCUACAAAUACAUAAGCUUAAGAUAUAAGUGAGGGAAGUUGAUGGCAUACCUUUCCUUUUGGUUCAUUGGUUCAAACAGCAAUGAUGCAAUGUUGCUCUUUGCGUCAGUACAUAUCUCCAUGUUUUAUCAUCAACCUAGCGAGUAAAAUUUGUCACCGAAAUCAUUCAAUGUUCUCCUAUCACUCAUUCAAUGAUUCUUGU